AUGGGCAGGUGGGUCUGCAUGUUUACGUCGUGUCUGUCUGCAACCGCUUUGAGUCUUCUCUACUGCACGUCUGCUUUUUCUGUUCAGCACAUUCUUUUUCUAGGUUUAAUUGGGGAAAAAAACCCUUUGUGGUUUUAGAUCAUGUAGAUUUUGUGGUUUAACUUCUUUCCAAAGUGGUCACAGGUUGACUAAAGCGUCUGCUGCCAUUGAUAACUUUAACCUUCCGAGUCCCUCAUAAAAACUUCCUUUAGAGUCCCUCGCGGCCGAGAAAAGCCACUACUUUUGACUGCUGUAAAAUUAUAUUGGAUUAAUAUUUUUUUCCGAUUUCUUUUCGUACAUCUCUUACUUUACUUCUGCCCUGUUCAAAACUAGCAAAUGUUUCAUUGAAAAUAAAAAUUGUAACCCUUUAAGGGCCCAUUUAAGACAUUAAGUCACUAAUAUAGCAAAAAAUGGAAGGAAAAUGACCUAUGUUUAUUAUAAAACAUAAUCAGAAGUUGGUGACUUUUUACAUGGUUCAUAGUUUUGUGCAUGUGAAGGAUUAGAAGCAUCAGAAUGUUUGGGACAGUUUUGUGUAACAUAAGAUUUUCAUAAAAACUGCAUUGAUGAAGUGAUUCUAUUAGUGCAUUCUCUUUCACUUUCACUGUGCCAGACAGAAUUCAGUUUGUGUGUGUGUGUGUGUGUGUGCCUGCAUGUGCCUGCAUGCAUGAGAGAGAUGGGUCCCUGCACUGACCUGGCCAAAAAACAAAACAUGCUCUCAGAACUAUAGUCUAAAAUUGGCCUGUCACGAUAACAAAUUUUGCUGGACGAUAAUUGUGCUACAAAUUAUUCCACUGUCUGUCAGCGCACACCAUUUUGCGCUGUUUUGUUUAUAUUUGCUUUGCUUACCAAACGCUUCAGUAAGCGGUACCUGUCGGGACGAUGGCUCCGCAGCACCUCCGGCGGUACUUUUUUUGCUCAGUUGAGAAAAAUGGAGGGGAUGAUUGUGCUUGAGGUGCACAUGCAUAGUCGUAUUCCCCUUCUUUGUCACCACAACUUUGGAACAAAUACGACAUAUCGGCUCGUCCGUAUUUGUGGGCUCACCUCUUUCAUUUGGUUUAAAGCAGUGUUGUUUUCGUCAUAUUUCGUCAAAUAUUUUCGUCAACGCCAGCGUCAAAAAAGGGAAAUAUUUUUGUCAAUGAGAACAACACUGGUUGUUUCCGUUGACUAAAAUAUUUCCCUUUCUUCCACGACGAAGACGUAACGUUGACGAGCUAAACAUAAGUCGGAGAUGACUAAAAUGUGACGAGACGAAAGUGCGUUUACGUUGAUGGGACGAGACGAAAAUAACAAACAGAGUUGCAAAACUCAGUCAGUGAAACACUAAACAUACAGGAGCAGCUUCAGUCCGCUCUGACAGCUCUCAUCACCCUGCUGUGCUCCUCCAACACACAGACACACACGCGCGCGCGCACGAGUUUUGUGGUUGACGAAAACAAAACUAGUUUAAAGCCGAAAUAUUCCCACACUUGGGCUGUUGCGUUCGGUUUAGACACCAAAGCUGUCGUGUUCAUUCUGUUAGCUUGCUUUUCACUCACGACGCUCACUUGCAGCACUGUAUCCAAAAGUCUGUGUCUGUGUGCCUGACUGUGCACGAUUUAUUGAUUAUCGCGACAGGCCUAGUCUAAAACAACAGGAGCAUAAACAACUCCAGACAAGUUGUUUAUGCACCUGCUGUCUGGCCUUUUGAUCUCACCCCUGCACCUUACAACUUGAAGAUAAUCAUGAUCAUUUUCUUGUAGGAAGAGCCAGAGAAACACCAGGAAGAGACGCUUUAGCAAAGUAGAGGCCCUUGACAUGGCCCUGGAGUCCAACGACUUGGAGCCCAACGACAAGGAGCCCAAUGACAAGGAGUCUGACCCCGCCGUAGAUCCAUCGUCUUCUGAUUCAGAAGCCUCCACCUCAGCUUCAGACUCGGAUCCCGAUCUUUUCCAGAUACCCAUGUCUUCUCCACCUUCCUCGGAAACAGAGGAGGAGCCAGAGGAGGAGACAGAGACUACGUCUGACUGCUCUGGAUGGAAGGGGAAAAAUGGACAAGUUUGGUCUCCCUCCCACCUGGAGACAGUUUGCAGUCCACCUGCAAAGGCCACAAGGAAAGCGCAACCGACCUACUACGCCACGGUGAGGAGCCACAGUAUAGAGUCGACAUUUGACCUCUUUUUCACGCCAGCCGUGAUUGACCUUGUGGUUGAACACACUAACCGUCAUGGAGGCCGCACUCAAAAGGAUUGGAAAAAAUUGGACAGCUGCGAAUUUCGGGCUUUUCUGGGGCUCCUGAUUUUUGCAGGCAUUUUUCGUUCAAAAGGAGAAACAAUUCGCUCCCUGUGGGAUGGAACACAUGGUCGAGCAAUUUUUAGAGCAACCAUGUCGAGAAACAGGUUCCACCAGAUAUUGCGUGCGGUGCGAUUUGAUGACGAGAAGAAACGCCGGGCCCAAGACAAGAAAAACAAACUGGCCCCCAUCAGAUCCCUGUGGGAAAUGUGGAGACAACGCCUCCCUCUUCUGUUCAGUCCCGGCUCAGAAAUCACAAUCGAUGAACAAAUGGUUCCUUUUAAAGGGAAAUGCAAAUUCAAGCAAUUUAUACCAAAGAAAACAACUAAAUAUGGGCUAAAGAUCUGGAUGGCUGCAGAUGUCUCCACGUCCUAUGCUUGGAAGGUCUCCAUUGACACAGUUGAGAGUGAAGAAGGGAGAGAACUGGACCUAGCGAGACAGGUGGUUUUGGAUUUUCUGGAGGAUAUUACUGGGAUCACAGUGACCUGUGAUAACUUCUUCACAUCUUACCAACUCGGCCAGGAGCUGCUGAAGAAAAAAAUAACCAUGGUUGGGAAAAUCAGGAAUAACAAACCUGAGCUCCCACCCCAACUCCUGAGAGUAGACGACCGAGACGUCCUCUCCUCCGUCUUUGCAUUUACCAAAAACACAACAGCAGUCAGCCACGUGCCUAAGAAGGGGAAGAAUCUGCUCCUCAUAAGCACGAAGCACAGACAGCCAGAAGUAGAAGAGGGCGCAAAGAAGAAACCCACAAUCGUCAUGGACUACAAUCACUGCAAGGGGGCUGUAGAUACUCUGGACCAGGUAUGUUUCUUCUGUUAUCUCCGCCAAGGAGGUUAUGUUUUCGGUAGCGUUGGUUUGUUUGUUUGUCUGUUAGCAACUUUACGGAGAAAGUAACAGAUGGAUUGACCUGAAAUUUUUACCAGAGGUGCGUCUCAGCCCCAGGAGGAUCCCAUUAAAUUUUAGUGGUGAUCCGGAUCGCCUUCUGGAUCCAGGAAUUUUUUGAAGGCUUCUUUAUCAUUGUGAGAUAGGGCAAAUUUUGGAAUUUUUGCAUUUAACUCUAUAAAAAUGUCCAGAGUCUUGAGUAAAAAAUUACACAAAAGGAUCUCAAUGAGUUUUAUGAAGUGUCAAAGGUUGAUCCUGAUCCAGAAAAAAUUCUGGAUACUGUGAUCCUGUGAACACACAAAAAUAAGGGUGUCGUUGGAAUUUUCAAUGCUGAAAGAUAACACUUACAAAUAUUGCAUAAUAAAUCAUGCAUUUAUGUAUCUUGCAGCUUUGUUGUUUUAGGAACAUUAUGAACAGUGAACAUACCAGUUUAAACAUAAAUAAAAGUUAAUAAAAGACACGUAACAGUCAAAGUUUUGGUGUGAAUCACAAUGUAAUGGGGGACAUGAGCUGCUUGGCGGAGGUCUGCGCUCUCCGAGUGCUUUUCUGUUUUUUUUUGUUUUUUUUUUCCAAUUAGUUGUAAGAGAUGAAUUUAGAAGAUGUAUUUUGUUUUCUGAUCACAUUUGCAUGAUUAUUUUUACCGUCAUGUGAGGCUUUAGAACAAAGUGUCAUUCGGAACUCUUUUGUGAUUUAAUUCUUGUUAUUUUAUCUUUACAGCUCGUCCAUAACUUCAGCUGCCAGAGGAGAAGCAAGCGGUGGCCACUGACUUUGUUUUACAAUAUGCUGGACAUUUCAGCUUACAAUGCUUACGUCAUCUUCACCUGUGUGAAUCCCUCCUGGAAAGCGGGAAAGCGAGUCCCGAGGAGGCUGUUCCUUCAGGACCUGGCAACUGCUUUGACGACCCCUGCGAUAACGAGGAGAGAAACCCUGCCUCGUGAACCUCAAUCUAAUGCAGUUGUGAGAGAGAUACAGUCUAAAACACAUGUGCCCAGAGAAGAGGAGCCUGCAUGGAAGAGGAGAACAUGCAACAUGUACCUGUGCAAAAACAGAACCUUCCACACUUGUGUGAGCUGUGGGCGUCCCAUCUGCAGAGGACACUGCGCAGUCUCCUGCCAGUCCUGCGUCCAGAAAUGAACACACACACAUGGUAACACGCACAUUCUUGCUCUUUCAUCUCUCUUUUCAUCUCCUCCUCAUCCUCACAGCCAAAAGGUAGCUGUUGUUCUUCUUCACCCCUUGCAGCAUUGAAUUUUUGAAACUUUGGUCUUGUUUUUAUUUCAUUCCAUUUUGAGCAAAAAUUUGGUUGUGAGCAGAUGUUACAGUGGUUAGAAUUUUGUUUAUGAAAGCAAGCACACACACACACACACACACACACACACACACACACACACACACACACACACACACACACACACACACCACUUGCUACUUUUGAUUCUUUGCUAAAUUAGUGACUUUAUGUCUUAAAUGGGCCCUUAAAAGGUUAAUUUUUUUAUUUUCAAUGAAACAUUUGCUACAUUUGAACAGGGCAGAAUAGGGCUGGGCGAUAUGGGAAACAUUUUAUCACGAUAUGUUUUUUCAUAUCAGUUCAUAUUGAUAUAUAUCAGAUAUGAGAAAUGAAAUUUAACAGUGCUUAUUAAUAGCAUUUCUUUUGCAAUACAAUAAGCUACUGCAUCUGUGAGGUCUUUGUGUCUCUUCGCUGUUUUUUCGUGAGGCGUUGCGCUAGCAAAAGCAGCCUGAAUGAUCAGCUGCACAGGCGCCAUGGGCUCCUUGCUUUGCUCGGGGUUUGUAAGCUUUUGCAUUGUACGUGCUCUGCUUCAGUGCUGUUGGCUUCACGUGUUGAAGUGCUAUGGUUGCGUGUAGCUGCAGCCUGCUACUACGUGGCUGUUUGCUACUUGUUUCUCAUUCAGCACAUGAUUGGUUUAGCGUGAAACUCCCCUUUUCAUUGGCUGUUUGUAUAGUCCACCAAAACAUGGCCUUCAGCAUCCGGUCCGGUAGCCACAGCUGAUCAAUUCCAAGAGUGCUGCUGAGAACCGACAUCCAAAGUAGGCAAACUCCUCAAAACUACUGUAUCAACUGGGGGAUGGCGUUGAGCGUUCAGUAGCGUAUUUUCCUGGUUAUAGUUUAAUUCUCCAAAAUUCCUCUUAAAAAUUUACCCUGAUAACUCCGUUAACGUAGGUUAAAUUUUCCCUUAUUCACUCACUAUCAUUAACCUCCGGUCUUCGGUUCAGUUCAAACCAUUCCUUCAUUUAUUCAUUAGAUGUUCUUUGAUUUUCUCAUUAUUUGAUCAUCAUUUAUUGAUUGAUUUAUUUUCAGCCCAAGUCCAGAAGAUGGAGUGCAGCCGUCUCCCGCGCUGCCUCGACCUCCAGCAUCGCGGUCUCCACGUCCGCUGUGGACGACUUCGGACCUGAUCAGCGAGUUCACCGAUGAACAUCUAGAGGAAGACAUGGACCCCGCUAUCGGAGAGGACGACCUGCUGCAGGAGCUGUCGGAGAUGAUUGACAGCUGA